AUGUCCGGUGAUGAACUUAGGGAGCGUCACAUGGCCGCCACGGAGACCGUUAACACGCUCAGGGACAGAUUGAAGCACAAGCGUCGGCUUCUUCUGGAUACUGAUGUUGCUGGGUACGCGCGUUCUCAGGGGAAGACGCCGGUGACGUUUGGGCAGACUGAUCUGGUUUGUUGCCGGACACUGCAGGGGCACACGGGCAAGGUGUACGCAUUGGAUUGGACCUCAGAAAAGAAUCGAAUCGUAAGUGCAUCUCAAGAUGGCAGAUUAAUUGUGUGGAAUGCUCUCACGAGCCAGAAAACUCAUGCAAUUAAGCUUCCGUGCGCAUGGGUCAUGACAUGUGCCUUCUCACCCACUGGUCAAUCAGUUGCCUGUGGAGGUCUUGACAGUAUGUGCUCUAUCAUCAACCUGAACUCUCAUAUCAAUAAAGAUGGGAAUUUGCCGGUAUCGAAAAUGCUAAGUGGGCAUAAGGGUUAUGUGUCAUCAUGUCAAUAUGUUCCCGAUGAAGAUGCACACUUAAUAACUGCUUCGGGUGAUCAUACAUGUGUUUUAUGGGAUGUGACCACUGGCCAGAGGACAUCUGUAUUUGGUGGAGAGUUCCAGUCGGGGCAUAUUGCUGAUGUUCUAAGUGUCUCGAUUAAUAGAUCCAACUCCAGAAUAUUUGUGUCCAGUUCUUGCGACUCAACCGCUCGUCUAUGGGACACUCGUGUUGCGAGUCGAGAGGUUCGUACUUUUCACGGUCACGAGGGAGAUGUUAAUUCCGUAAAGUUUUUUCCGGACGGGAAUAGGUUCGGUACAGGUUCGGAUGAUGGAACGUGCAGGCUAUUUGACAUUAGAACGGGACACCAGCUACAAGAGUAUAGUCAACCGAGCGAUGAUAAUGAGGUUCGCCACGUGACUUCAAUUGCAUUUUCCAUCUCUGGCCGGCUCCUCUUUGCCGGGUACACCAAUGGACAUUGCUAUGUGUGGGACACGUUAUUGGCUCAGGUGGUUUUGGAUUUGGGAUCUCUUCAAAAUUCUCAUGAUAAUCAGAUAAGCUGUCUUGGACUGUCUGCUGACGGCAGUGCCUUGUGUACAGGAAGCUGGGACGCUAACCUGAAGAUUUGGGCAUUUGGUGGGUACAGAAAAGUCGGCUGGUCGAACCUGGUCGACCAGGGACCGACCAGACGAUUAAUCGUGAUUAAUCGUCGACCAGCUAGAUUAAUCGGGUUGGUCGAGCCUGGUCGUCCAUCUGGUCGUCCAGACUCACAGAGAGGAGGCGAGAGAAGGGGAAAAGCGCGGGGAAGGGAGGAACUCGCGCGGGAAGGGAGGAAAGUGAGCGCGGGAGACGGGGAAAGUGGAGUGUGGGGGAAAGAAUUGCAGCCGUCAGCUGUCCCUGGCUGCCUCCUUCCUAUAUAUAUCCUAACCCUAACAUGCCCAACAGGCCAAGCCCAGCAGCCCACAUACCAGCCCAAAAAGACAAAUAAAUGUCCUGGUCGUCAAUAUGCCCUGGUCGGACGAUUAAUCGCGAUUAAUCGUCGAUUAAUCGGACGACCAGGUUUCUGGUCGAGCUGGUCGGGUCGGACCUCCUAA